AUGCUUUCCAUCAUUGAUUUUGUUUCAGUACUAUUCUUGAUUGUAGCGGCUCAUGCUGCUAAACCUCGUGGAGGUAGCGGGUUCGAUGAAAACAAUGUGGUUACGUGGGGAAAUGUCUUGAAACUCAAACAAGGGAGAGAAGUUCAGCUCACCAUGGAUAGAGCUCAAGGUUCUGCCUUUGAGUCUAAACACAACUACGGAUCAGGAUUCUUCCAAACAAGAAUCAAAUUGCCUCUAAAAGAUACUGCCGGCGUUGUCACAGCUUUUUACUUGACUUCUAAGGGAAACUCCCACGACGAGCUUGACUUUGAGUUCUUGGGUAAUAGAGGAGGAAAACCAAUAGCACUUCAAACCAAUGUGUUUGCCAAUGGCCGAGGGAAUAGAGAACAAAAGUAUAAUCUUUGGUUCGACCCCACCGCAGAUUUUCACACUUAUGGGAUCCUCUGGAAUCAAUAUCAAAUUGUGUUUUAUGUGGACAAAAUACCAAUAAGGAUAUUCAAAAAUAACAAAAGAUAUGGAGUGGAAUAUCCAUCAAAGCCAAUGAAAGUGGUGGCUAGUCUGUGGAAUGGCGAAGAAUGGGCAACAAGCGGUGGUAAGGACAAGAUUGAUUGGUCUUAUGCUCCUUUUAAAGCCAAUUUCCAAGGAUUUUCCGAUUCGGGUUGUCACGCGGAUGGGAUCAUUAAUGCGAAACUUUGUGCUUCACCAACAUACUCGUGGAAUAACAAGAAGUAUAGUAGGUUAAGUGCAAAUGAACAGAAGGCCCUCAAGAAUAAAUACAGAGUCACAGGGGCGAUUAGGGUUUCGACCGUAACUCAAGAUGCAACGAUGACAUAUGUAGGAGAAAAGAGGCGGCCUCCGGGAGAGCCGCCGGAUGGUGGUGUUUUGUGGGCAGCGAAGGUGGCUGGGUAUAAUAGUGGUGGCCUGUUGAGAUUGAAGGAUGUUUUGGACGACGCAUUUGUGAGGGCAAGGGUGAAUUUGGAGUUUCGGGAUGGUGAUCGAUAG